GAUCUGGGAGGUGGCACACAAACCCAAUAGCAACUUAGCAGGGAUUCAAACCCAGGCCUGCCUGCCUGAAAGCUUGGACUUGAUUCUCACUGCCCAGCUCCUGAUCAUUCAUCCAGAACAGCUCUCCCUUCGCCUGAAGGGCACUGUGACUUCCUUGUUACGUCACCAGCUCGGUCACAAUUGGUUUGAGAGCAGAGCCUGGCCCAGCCCAUCAGAUCCCUUAGGGCUAGCCCUGCCAGCCCGGCUCAGGCUGGCCUGGCUCAGCCACACAGGCACCAUGAAGUACCCUCUGGUGCCACUGGUGAACGACCUCACGUUUUCUUUCCUGGCAUUCUGGCUCGGUCUGCCUGUGGCCUUGCUGCUGUCCUUGUUGAUCGUCUGGUUUCGCUUCUUACUUAGCCAAGAUUCAGAGGAAAAUGACUCAGAUUUGUGCUUUGACUGGGAGCUCUGGAGCAAAGGCCCAGCUGAGUUUCAAUGUGAAAAGACACACCACAGUCAAGAGGAGGAGAUGCCCGGCCUGUGAGCCUGUUCUGCCAGACCCAACCUGCCAUUCGUUCCCAGCUUGGUUUUCCUGGAGUCAGCUGAGCGGUGGCGAUGGCCGAAGUGGAUGGGAGAGACUCGUUGGGUAGGGAAGAGGACUUUGGCGACUGGUGUUUUUCUGGGAUGACCACCUCGUCCCCUCCACUGAUGGAUACGCCAGAGCCUCUGAAGGACCCCCUAGACCUCUGGGGAGAAGCCCAAGUCAGUGAAGAUGGAAUAAGCAGUCACAGGAGGGAAGCUAGCCAAAUGAAUUGAGAGGAGGUCCUAGGGCAGGGCUGGGCCAGAGCGUGUGGGUCCAUACUGAAGAAAACGGGGGGUUCCUGAGCUUGGGAACCCGCUAACAGACAUGCUGGACCCGACCAAGUCCAUUCAUUCAACAAGCCGUGGGUCCUGGCCCAGCCCUGGCACGGACCUGAGCCAUCCUGACCCCAUCAGACAAGCCCUGACCCUCCUCCAUCUGUUCAGAGGACUGGGGGAUCUUGCUCUGAACCUCCAUGAUCUCAUUUCAGACUCCUUGAUAAGACUUCAGGUAGAUUGUAAUAACAUUGACUUUAUAAAUAUCUACAGAGUGUCUACCAGAUA